AUGCGCCCCUCGGGGUGGCCCCUCCGGGCGGCCGAGCGGAGACCCACAGCGCCCCCCGCCGGCCCGCCCCCUGCAGGUCGCUGGGGAUGCACCCCUCGGGGUGGCCCCUCCGGGCGGCCGAGCGGAGACCCACAGCGCCCCCCGCCGGCCGUGCGCCCCACGGGGCGGCCCCUCGGGGUGGCUCCUGCGGGCAGCCGAAUGGACACCUACAGCGCCCCCCGCCGGCCGCUGGGGAUGCGCCCCUCGGGGUGCCCCCUCCGGGCGGCCGAAUGGAGACCUACAGCGCCCCCCGCCGACCGUGCGCCCCACGGGGCGGCCCCUCCGGCCGGCCGAGGGCCGAACGGAGACCUACAGCGCCCCCCGCCGGCCGCUGGGGAUGCGCCCCUCGGGGUGGCCCCUCCGGGCGGCCGAACGGUGACCUGCAGCGGCCCCCGCCGGCCGCUGGGGAUGCUGCGCCCCUCGGGGUGGCCCCUCUGGCCGGCCGAACGGAGACCUAGGGGCGGCCCCUCCGGCCGGCCGAGGGCGCCCCCUGCCGGCCGCUGGGGAUGCGCCCCUCGGGGUGGCCCCUCCGGCCGGCCGAACGGAGACCUGCAGCGCCCCCCGCCGGCCGUGCGCCCCACGGGGCGGCCCCUCCGGCCGGCCAAGGGGUCGCUGGGGAUGCGCCCCUCGGGGUGGCCCCUCCGGGCGGCCGAACGGAGACCCACAGCGCCCCCCGCCGGCCGCUGGGGAUGCGCCCCUGGGGGUGGUUCCUCCGGGCGGCCGAACGGAGACCCACAGCGCCCCCCGCCGGCCGCUGGGGAUGCGCCCCUCGGGGUGGCCCCUCCGGGCGGCCGAACGGACACCUACAGCGCCCCCGGCCGGCCGCGGGCCGCGCGCCCCACGGGGCGGCCCCUCCGGCCGGCCGAGGGGUGA